AUGGAAGUAGAAAACCCAAGUGAAAUAAAUGCUAAUCUAAUAGACGCCGAGAACCUGAACGAUUCCCUGUUUGAUGGGGAUGAAGAGAACACUGGAGCAGAGCAAAUCAAGAAUGAAGUAAAUGGAAACUGUCCAGUCUCUUCAAUUAACGAGGCUAAACUUAAUGCCAAAGCCAAGAGACGCCUGCGCGCAAAAAUUCUUCACGUGACUCGGGGAGAGGAGACUCUGUCAGCGAUAAUGGGGAGAACUCCAGGGGGGUCCUACCCACCAGUCCAAAAACCAAGCUUAUGGACCGCAAAUCACGGAGCGGGAAAGGGAGGGGGCUGCCAAAGAAAGGUGGAGCUGGUGGCAAAGGGGUAUGGGGGACACCAGGGCAAGUAUAUGAUGUAGAAGAAGUUGAUGUCAAAGAUCCAAAUUAUGAUGAUCAGGAGAACUGUGUUUACGAGACAACUGUGCUUCCCCUGGAUGAAAACGGGUUUGAAAAAUCUGUCACACCAAUCAUGCAGGAGUACUUCGAACACGGCGACACCAAUGAAGUUGCAGAGCUGUUAAAAGAUUUAAACCUUGGAGAAAUGAAGAGUGGUCUCCCAGUGCUGGCGGUGUCCCUUGCACUGGAAGGAAAAGCUAGCCAUCGUGAGAUGACAUCGAAGCUGUUGCAUGAUCUUUGUGGCACGGUGCUCAGUGCAGAAGAUCUGGCGGCCUCCUUCGAUAAACUGCUUCAAGAGCUGCCCGAACUCGUCUUGGACACACCCAGGGCACCGCAGCUGGUGGGUCAGUUUAUUGCAAGAGCAGUUGGCGAUGGGAUUCUGAAAAGGAACUACAUGGAGAGUUACAAAGGCACGGUGGACUGUGAACAUGCCCGGUCUGCCUUGAACCGGGCAACAAUUUUGCUGACCAUGAGCAGAGGAGGAAGAAGAAGAAUUGAUAGUGUUUGGGGGACUGGUGGAGGUCAACAGCCUGUCAAAAAUUUGGUUAAAGAGAUUGACAUGCUGCUGAAAGAAUUUGUGUUAUCUGGGGAUGUAUCUGAAGCUGAACGAUGUCUUCAGGAGCUGGAAGUACCUCAUUUUCACCAUGAGCUUGUAUAUGAAGCUGUACUAAUGGUUUUGGAAGCGAGUGGUGACAACACCUACAAGGUGAUGCUGCAAUUGUUAGAAUCCCUGUGGAAAUCAGGAAUUAUUACAUUGGAUCAAAUGAAAAGGGGUUACGACAGAAUUUACCAUGAGAUUCCAGACAUAAAUCUGGAUGUACCGCAUGCGUACUCUGUCCUGGAACGCUUUGUGGAAGACUGCUUUAAAGCUGGAAUUAUAUCCAAACAGAUCAGGGAUCAAUGUCCUUCAAGGUGA